UGCAUAGUCCUUUUUUGGUCAAGUGUACAUUAUAUAAUAUCACUAUGUGUCCUGAUAGAUUAUUCACGUGUCUUUCUCAUAAAUUAUCUUAAUAUGAGUGAUGCUGUGAUGUGUUCAGCCAUUGCUGUGUCAAGGGACCACAAACCUGACCAAAGUGAUGAGCGUGAAAGGAUUGAGAAUGCCGGUGGAUUUGUCAUGUGGGCAGGCAAGAAACUAUAGGAUUAUAAUAUUCUGCUUCUCAUGCUUUUCUAAGCACACAGUACUAAUUGAUGUCUCUGUCUGUGUGUAUUGCAUUCAUUAAAUGAAUAGGAACUUGGAUAGUUGGAGGAGUUCUUGCAGUUUCUCGUGCAUUUGAUGAUCAUCUUCUGAAGCAAUAUGUUGUUGCUGAUCCAGAGAUCCGGGUAUUAACAUCACUUAAAUAAGACCAUGAUUAAUCCGGGCUCUUAGACCACGAUUAACGUUGGAACCGGAAAUGGGUUUUUAAUUUUUUUUUUUUUGUCUGAAUAAAAAAAUAAAAAAAAAAAAAAAAUCAACUAAUCGCGGGCCGCCACGUGUUAGUGGGGCCUGCGAACAGUUGAAAAACCCAGCUAACAGGGAUCCUUAUUCUGGACUUUCUGACACCGGUUUUUCCCUCCCUGUGGGCCCCUCCCCCCCUUAAAAACCCACUAAAACCCCACUAAAGCCCCCAUAUAAUAAUGCCCUUAGGCUGAGGUUCUUAGCUUCGGCUAAGAACCGUUUCUUAGAGCACCUCCAUCAGUAGAUCUUAGAGGAGGUACUAAAGUAAUUAAAGCCAAAAAUUAAAACAAAAAUAGUUUUAUUAGGCAGGAGCGCUCCUUGAAUUGGUGAUUUAAGGAGUGAUAAAGGACCCUGACGUGGCAGCAGUGGAUUGGAUGGCUCCUUUGAGACGAAAGGUCUCGUGGCCGGUUGGUUUCAUUUUUUUUUCUUCUUCGAUGUCAUCGACGACAUAUCUUCCUCCUCUCUCUGUCGAACUCUCCUUGAUGAUGUUCAACCCGUUUGUUUGUCGUCUCCGACGGAUAUCAUGGAGAUCUUUGGGCGAUUGUGGAAGGGAAGGAUUGGGCGAGCUUUACCCACUCGAACGCAUGCGAACGAUCUGAAGCCAGCAUCGGAACCAGUCGACUGGGAACAGAGAGGAACAGAGAUACCGUCGUGGAGGCGAAGGCGUCAAUCAUCUCCGGAUUCGGAACGAGAAGCCUCACCGCCUCGAUCUCCAUAGAAACGAUCGAUCUUUGCUACGAUUCUUUGUGGAGAAAAUUCGACGGAUCCAGAGCUGAAGUCGGGAGUGGAGUAGGUUACUCCGACCUUCACGGCGGAGAUCGUCGGCGGCGCCAUCAGUACCACCACCGUUACAGCGAUGACAAUGUGUAAGAGAUCGCUUUUUUUUACUUUGUUUUAUUUGAUGAUUCAAAGUUUUCCUUCUUUGUCUUGAGUUAGAAGUUUGAGUAGACUUUGGUUUUGAUUCAAAACAGUUGAUUGAUUAAAUCUUCAUUGUCUUAAUCUGUUCUAAGUUUCUUGUGUGUUUGAUUAAAUCUUCAUUGUCUUAAAAACUUUCCAAGUUGAUUGAUUAAAUCGGUUCAUUGUCUUUAUUUGUUAAUUGUCUCUCGUUUCCCUUUUCUUAGGUUGAAGUUUCUUGUAUUAAUCUUGAUUUGAAACAGUUGGAGCAGCGUGGGAGACAGCAAAUGAGAAACACAUAAAGAAGACAAAGGUCUUACAUGGAGCAGCAAGAUACAGAGGGCACACAUAGGUAUGUAGAGACAAUCCUUUAAUGAGUGUUAGACAUUGUUUAGGUUGGAAUUAAAUGGUCUUUAGGAAUAGAUACAUUGAUGGGCAUUGUGAACGUUAGAAUUAAAGAUAUUUUUGAGGUGUUUUGGUUGAUUUAUAACUAGGUAGAUACAUUGAUUCAUAAUUGUUUACGUUAGAAUUAAAUGUAUUUUUGAGGUGUUCUGGUUGAUUUAUAACUAGGUGGAUACAUUGAUGGCAUUGUUUACGUUAGAAUUGAAUUGACUUAUGAGGUGUUUUGGUUGUUUUAUAAUUAGGUAGAUACAUUGAUGGGCAUUUACACAUAACAAAUCCCAUACUCUCUUUAAGUUUGCUUUAAAAACCGACCAACUAUCCCUUUCUCAAUUCACAUUUCUUUCAUCUCCUUGGAAUUCAUAUCUCUUCUCUCAUCAGAAGAAGCUCUCUUUCUCCUUUUUUAAUUUCUUCUCUUUCGGUAUGGAUCCAUUUAGUGAACCUUAUGGCUUUCAAAAUCUCCUAAACAGUCAACAACCAAAUCCCUCCUUCUCCUAUGUUAGUCGUGAACCAAGUAUUCAAGUCCCUGCCUCGGAUGCGCGUGCAUUUGGUACUGGAUGCCCUGAAGAUGCAAAUGAAGAUGAAGUCAUCUCGUCUGACCGUAAAGAAAGGAAGAAAUGGUCACCAACUGAAGACAAGGUGCUCAUUUCUGCUUGGUUAAACACAUCUAAAGAUCCUGUCGUGGGAAAUGAGCAGAAAGCAAUGGCGUUUUGGAAACGCAUUGCUGCUUAUUUUGGUUCAAGUCCACAGCUUGGCGGUUACGAAAAGAGAGACACAACUUCCUGUAAAUCGAGGUGGGGGAAGAUUAAUGAGGGCGUGUGCAAGUUUGUGGGUUGCUAUGAGGCUGCAACCAAACAAAAAUCAAGUGGCCAGAGUGAGGAUGAUGUUUUAACGAUGGCUCAUGACAUUUUCUUCAAUGAUCAUAAGAGCAAAUUCACACUUGAGCAUGCUUGGUUGGAGUUAAGGCAUGAUCAAAAAUGGUGUGGAGGUCUGACAAGUAAUGUGAACUCUAAGAGAAGAAAGCUUGGUGAUCAAGCACCACAUUCAUCAACGUCAGUGCCAUUGAGCGUUGGAGGAGAUGAAGGCAUGGCACGGCCGGCUGGUGUCAAAGCUGCAAAGGGCAAAACUAAACCGGCUGUGAGCAAGGGUAAGACUUCUGAAGCAGAAGGGAAGCUGUGUGUUGACUUUCAGAACAUGUGGGAGAUCAAGCAAAAGGAUUUUGAAUUGAAAGAUAAGCUUAACAAGCAGAAACUGCUUGACUCCCUAAUUACCAAGACAGAGCCAUUAACUGAACCAGAGAUUGCUUUGAAAAAUAAGCUCAUUAAGGAUAUGUUGGUUGCUUAGUUUGAAUUUAUGGAUCUUUACCUUCUCUUAUUUUAUGUAUGAGUUUUAGUUAAUGUUGUAUUUGUUUCUCUGCUUGUCUGUAUUAUGUAUAAUAUUAGCUAUUGUAAUUUAUAAAAAUAUGUUGUUUUUCUUAUCCUAGAUAAAAUUUUCACUAACUGGCACCUUGGUAAGAUAGUAACUAAACGUUUUGAGAAUUGUUUACGUGUGUGACAUAUGACAGAAACAAACAACAAAAGAAAAAUAAGAAGACAGUGGCAUGUGACAGAAGAAACAGGAAAAGAAAAAGAAAGCUUGUAGUGCCAUGUGACAGAAACAAAAACCAAAAUAAAAAAGAAAGCUUGCAGUGGCAUGUGACACAAAAAGAAAAAUAAGGAGGCAGAGCAUGUGACGCCCAAGUGCCAUACGUCAUUUCUUCUUCUUUAUAAACCGUAGAUUCAUGUUUUGUAAAUCAUAUUGUCCUACUUUGUUUCUCUUUACAAAGAGUAGAUUCAUGCUUUCUCUCGAUUUUGAAUUUCUCAAACGUUUGUAACUUAUCAAACGUAUUUCUCACGUAUUCAUAUUCACGCUUUGUAACUUCUCAAAACCUCGUUCUCAAACAACUUCUCUCCUAUCAAUUUCUCUAUAAUCAUUUCUCUCUAAUCAUUUCUCUCUUACCAUUUAUCUUUUUUAAUUUCUCUUCAAAAUGGCUUCUUCUUCUUCUCAUGAUCUUGAUGACAUGAUGGAUGAAACAUUUGAUCAACUUUUCGAGCAACAAUUCGAAAAACUUUCCAUCCACUACGAAGAACGUCAAAAUGCAUCAAAGCCCAAAAAAAAGAGAGCCUACAUUGAAAGACAACGAGAACACGGACACAUGCAGUUAUGGAACGAUUAUUUUAGUGAAGAUGCAACGUAUCCUUCCCACAUGUUUCGACGCCGUUUUAGAAUGAACAAGCCCUUGUUCAUGCGUAUUGUUGAUGCGUUGUCCGCUGAAAUCCCAUACUUUCAACAACGAAGAGAUGCUACUGGAAGGUUCGGCCACUCUUCAUUACAAAAGGCAACGGCAGCAAUUCGUAUGAUGGCUUAUGGUUGCACAGCUGAUGCGGUCGACGAAUACCUCCGACUUGGUGAGACCAUGGCGCUUUUAUGUUUGGAACAUUUUGUUGAAGGAAUCAUAACUUUAUUUGGAGAAGAAUAUCUAAGAAAACCCACGCCUGAAGAUCUUCAACGACUACUCGAUAUUGGAGAGAUACGAGGAUUUCCCGGGAUGAUAGGAAGCAUUGAUUGUAUGCAUUGGGAGUGGAAGAAUUGUCCGACCGCAUGGAAAGGUCAAUAUACACGUGGAUCAGGAAAGCCAACAAUUGUUUUAGAGGCCGUAGCUUCAGCAGAUCUCUGGAUAUGGCACGCGUUUUUCGGACCUCCAGGUACAUUAAACGAUAUCAAUGUUCUUGAUCGAUCACCAGUUUUUGAUGAUAUAUUACAAGGUCGGGCUCCGAAGGUUAAUUACAUUGUCAAUGGACACGAGUACCAUUUGGCUUACUAUCUCACAGAUGGUAUUUAUCCAAAAUGGGCUACUUUUGUCCAAUCUAUUCCACUUCCGCAAGGUCAGAAAGCAUCAUUAUUCGCUACACAACAAGAAGCUGUGCGUAAGGAUGUCGAGCGUGCUUUUGGGGUCUUGCAAGCUCGAUUUGCCAUAGUCAAAAAUCCAGCUCUUUUGUGGGAUAAAAUAAAAAUUGGCAAGAUAAUGAGAGCAUGUAUCAUUCUACAUAAUAUGAUUGUAGAAGAUGAACGGGGUGGAUACUCUCUGUUUGAUGUAUCAGUUUUCUCACAACCAGAAUCAAGCCGAAGUUCACAAGUGGAUAUGGCGUUUUCAACA